GAAUACGUUGAUGCCACAUCGUCUUCCACUGAAACCAGCCAGAAGGAAUUACCUUCCGGUUGGCAGAUGCAGGUCGCUCCGAACGGUCGGCUUUUCUUCAUUGAUCACAAUACCAAAACUACCACCUGGAUUGACCCUCGCACUUCGAAGGCAACGCCGCUACCAGAAAAGAAAACUGUCUAUAAACCGAAACAUCAGUGCGACGAGUUAGGCGCCCUUCCGGCCGGCUGGGAAAAACGGUUGCAUGUUGACGGGCGAAUGUUCUUCAUUGACCAUAAUACAAAAACGACGCAGUGGGAAGAUCCAAGAUUCUACAACCCUCAGAUCGCCGGCCCGGCUGUUCCGUACUCACGUGACUACAAACGCAAACACGAGUACUUCCGGAGCCAUUUGGUGAAAGCUGACAACGUGCCGAACAAAUUCGAUAUGCGGAUCCGUAGGGAUCACGUGUUUGAAGACUCGUACCGCUGCAUUAUGACAGUGCCAACGACCCAUGUCGAUGUUCUCAGAACGAAGCUUUGGAUUGAGUUCGACGGCGAGACUGGUCUGGAUUAUGGUGGCGUUGCACGGGAAUGGUUUUUCCUGCUCUCACACGAAAUGUUCAAUCCCUAUUACGGCCUGUUCGAAUAUUCAGCUACUGACAACUACACGCUGCAGAUCAAUCCUAACUCUGGCUUAUGCAACGACGAUCACUUGUCAUAUUUCAAAUUUAUUGGCCGCGUCAUGGGCAUCGCGUUGUAUCAUGGAAAGCUGCUAGACGCAUUUUUCAUUCGGCCAUUUUACAAGAUGAUGCUCGGAAAGCAGAUUACUCUGAAUGACAUGGAGUCAGUGGACUCUGAAUAUUACAACUCGCUUCUGUGGAUCGAGGACAAUGAUCCUACAGAACUCGACCUUCGUUUCGUCGUCGACGAGGAAGUGUUUGGCGUGACGCAGACACGUGAGCUGAAACCUGGGGGACUCGACAUACCGGUGACGAACGAGAACAAAGACGAAUACAUCAAGUAA